CUUGUGCAAAGUAUAGAAAUCCGGAGAAUUUUGUAAACGUAAAGAUAUUUUGUGGGCGUUGUGUCUCGGUAACUGUCGACACUAGUGUGUUUUAAAGGCGAAAAACAAUGCGCUGGGGAAUCUGUUCAGCAGGUUUAAUUGCAAACGAUUUCUGCAAUGCUUUGCAAUGUUUAAAUCCUUCAGAACAUAAAAUAACUGCAGUGGUAUCCAAGUCUUUAGAGAAGGCUAAGAAAUUAGCGGACGAAUUUAAAAUACCGAAUGUGUAUGACAGCUAUGAAGAAUUUGCCAAAGAUCCCAACAUAGAUCUUGUGUACCUUUCAACUGCAAACAGUUUUCAUCACCCUCUUUCCAUUCUUAUGCUGAACAAUGGUAAACCUGUUCUGUGUGAGAAAACCUGUGCUUGUAACACGAAGCAGACAGAAGAAAUGAUUGAACUUGCAAAGUCAAAAAAGCUGUUUUUUAUGGAGGCUUUGUGGUCCAACUUCUUCCCAGCUUACAAAGCCCUUAGAGAAAUCAUUGACUCUGGAACUAUAGGAAAGAUACGAUACGUAGAUGUAGCUCACUUUUACGACUUAUUUUCACUUGAUUUUGUGUCACAGCAGUCUUUGGGUGGAGGAGGUCUCUUGUGUACUGCUGUGUAUGUAAUAUGGCUUGCGAGAUUUGUAUUUAGACAGGAUCCCGAAACAAUUACUGCUGUUGGAACGAUUGCUGACACAGGUGUCGACGAGUCUGGCAAUAUUAUUCUGACUUAUAAGGAUGGUGCCAGAGCCUCUUUGUCUUAUAGCGUUGCUUUGAAUGGAAGACGUGAUGCAUAUAUUUAUGGAACCAAAGGCAAAAUUUAUAUACAUCCACCAUUUUGGAGUCCCGGCAAAAUCGAGGUGAAUGGAGAAGAAAGAGAAUUUCCACUCCCCAAAUCUGAUGCGAAAUAUAAUUACCCCAAUAGCAGUGGGUUAUCUUAUGAGGCCGAAGAUGUCCGCCUGUGUUUUGAGAAGAGUCAACUGGAAUGUCCUGCUCACACUCAUUCUGAUACUUUGUCAAUUAUAAAAGUUAUUGACGAGGUUCGACGACAACUUGAAGAGAAGCAUCAGAAAAAUUAAGGUCUUUAUACGGAGGAAGAGAAAGAAAAUAUAGCUAUAAGAGAAUAGCGCAUUUACUUACUACUAUUGAUAAUCUAGAUUAUGCAUACACACAGAAGUUUAUCAUUUAAACAUAUAUGAGUAUGUCUAGACAUGCGACUAUAUGCAUGAGAAUACAUACAUAAAACAAAACAUAUAUGCAUACACACAUACAGACAAAAAUACCCUGCUGAUGUUGAAAUUCCAAUGACAGAGCCUUGAAUCUAGGUUAGAAACCGAAUCCUUCUCUAUUGGCAAGAAAUCUUAAAAUAAAACUGAAUAAUUACACACAUAAAUACGUUUUAUAACAAUCUCUAGGUAAACAUUAAUGUAGUUGUGGUGUGUGCGUACGAGUAGAUGUAAUCGCCUUACCUCGGUUUUCCUUUCCUCGACUGCGAGUCUGUCUUGCGGUAUCCGAUCCUUGAAGCUUGCCCCGACCCAAAGUACACCAGGAAUAGCAGCUGCCUCUCCCAAACCUAGACCGUCGCUUAACACGUCUUGUCCU